GCGAAUAGAAGAACCAUCGCGUACAGCCAAGCACACACUUCACUUCUGCUUUCUUUCUGUAACUGCAAUUCUGUGAUCUUUUGCCUUGUUCCUUUCUCUCUCUAGAAAUUGGAUGUGUUUGUAUGAUCGAAUUGAAUCUAGCAUAAUAUUGGCCUUGUUUUGUCUCUUUUUUUUAUCUGUUUACAUGUUCUAGGGUUUUGAUUCGAUUCGAUCACUGAGUGCGGGAAUGGAAGUUGGAAUUGAGGGUUUGGAUUCUGAUGUUUCUAUUCUGAAGAAAGUCAAACAUGAUGAGGAAAUUUCGAAUCCUACUAGUGAAGCUGGAUCAUCUGUAUCACUAAGCUCAGGAAAUAUCAAUUCAGACACAUCGUACCAUGAUGAUGACAAUGAUGAUGACGAUGAUGGUGACGAUGAUGGUGAUGACAUGGUUGAUGAGGAAGAUGAUGCCUUUGAUUAUGAUGAUGAUGGUGAUUACAUGUUUGAGAACAUAGAAGAAGAUGAUGAGGAAGCUCAUUAUUUGAGCAUGCAAGCGCAAUUUGAUAAUGUUGAUUUGCCUCCUGGUGUUGAAGCAUCUUUUUCCUGGUUGAAGGAUCCUGUCCCAAGCACAAGUAUGACGGCUAGCCUGAGCAAUUUAGCCCCCAUGGUUCCUCAAGUCCUCUCCACAGGAGCUGAAAUACUAGAAAAUCCAUGUCUACCCAUGAACAAAGGUAAGGAUGUUGCUAGUAGCAGUUCGACAGUCCAUCAAAAUCCAGUUCCGAGUUCUGCAAAAAAUAAGGAAGAGGUCGCUGAAAACGAAUUGAAGAAGAAGUUUGAAGAAUUUAAAUUGUUUGACACAGUUGAUGAUGUUUCUGAUCAUCACUUCAACUGUGCAGGCUUUCAAGGACAACAGCCUUCUAGGAGUUGGACAAAGAAAAUUCAAGAUGAAUGGAAAAUACUAGAGAAAGACUUACCGGAUACUAUAUUUGUCAGGGCAUAUGAGACGAGAAUGGAUCUUUUGAGGGCUGUGAUCAUAGGACCAGCAGGCACCCCCUACCAUGAUGGGCUCUUUGUCUUUGAUGUUCAUUUUCCUCCCAACUAUCCAGACAUACCCCCGAUGGUUUAUUACUAUUCUGGUGGCCUUCGGCUGAACCCAAACUUGUAUGAUUGUGGAAAAGUCUGCCUUAGCCUUCUAAACACCUGGACUGGCAAAGGGAAUGAGAAGUGGAUGCCAAAUAAAUCAACCAUGCUACAAGUUUUAGUGUCCAUACAAGCAUUGAUUUUGAAUGCAAACCCAUUCUUUAAUGAGCCUGGCUAUGAUAAUAUGUAUCCUGGAGCGGAAGGGGAGAAAAAAUCCAAGGCCUAUAAUGAAGAAAUCUUCAUUUUGUCCUUGAAAACAAUGAUGUAUACACUCAGGAGACCUCCAAAGCACUUUGAGGACCUUGUCGGUGGUCAUUUCCGUAGCCGUGCACAUUGUAUCCUGUUGGCAUGCAAAGCUUAUAUGGAGGGUGCUCCAGUAGGUUCUAUAACCGAUGAAAAAAUCCCGAAUGAAAAAAGCGGAUCAAAGUCAUUCAAAGCAGCAGUGGCUAAAUUGAUGAAUGGUCUCAUUUCAAACUUCAGUAGAUAUGGGGUUACCAAUUGCGACCAGUAUCGUGUUUGAAGCUGAAUAGCUGAUGCAAGUCUUUCCACGGGUAACAGAAAAUGACUUGUGUUUUAAAGUUUCUCGUUUUCAUAUAACCGACUGCUAAACUAGUGCGACAACUUAUAUCUGGACUUGUUUAAAUGUAGAUUGCAGUAAAUAUUUGAUAGAUGCUUAGCGCAGCCGAUAUAACCAAUUGCUGCUACAUCGUAUUCGCAUCCUUCGUUGCAA